UAAGACAGCAUUGUCUGAUGCGACCAGCAGAUAUCGAGGUCCCAUAAUUCGUCUGUUCCCUCCUGUUCGUGGGUCCCGACUCCAGAAUGCUUUGCUCCAUCGAAGCGACUAUAUAAGCGUGUCCUCGGUCCUAAGGAACUUCCUCAUACUCGCAGAUAAACAAAGAGGAGAGGAGAGCACAGCCUUUGAAGCAGUCUUUCUUGGUUUUGUUGCAAGGCAAGAAAAGCAUUUUUUCGGAGGGAAGUUUGUUUAAUCUUUGUGAUUUCUCUCGUAGGGUUUUCUUGAAAUCCCCACCCCACUUUGAUCCACAGAACCCAUCAACAUCUUCGCCUGAACUUCUCUUUUGUACGAGGCUUUCAGCUUCAGCACACAGAGAGAGAGAGAGAGAGAGAGAGAGAGAGAUGGGUGUUGCAGGGACUUUGGAGUACUUGUCUGACUUGAUGAGCAGUGGGCACAAGCACAAGAGGAGGAAGCAGUUGCAGACGGUGGAGCUGAAGGUGAGGAUGGACUGUGAUGGCUGUGAGCUCAAGGUCAGGAAGGCCCUCUCUUCUUUAGACGGAGUGAAGACGGUGGAGAUAAACAGGAAGCAGCAGAAGGUGACGGUGAACGGGUACGUCGACCAGAAUAAGGUGCUGAAGAGGGCCAAGUCGACGGGGAAGAAGGCGGAGAUAUGGCCCUACAUACCCUACAGUGUGGUGGCUCACCAGCCGUACAUCGCCCAGUCCUACGACAAGAAGGCACCUCCCGGCCACGUGAGGAAGGUCGAGCCAACCGCCACCAGUGCCAUCGUGACCCGGCACGAGGACCCUUACAUGACCCUCUUCAGCGACGACAACCCCAAUGCUUGCUCCAUCAUGUAGGACUCGGGACCCGAGUUUGUUAUGUACAUGUUUUGCAAGGUUGUCGAACUCGAAGCAAUAGUAAGAGCAACGGUUCUCGCGGUUUGGUUCGCGGUCAAUCAUGUGAGGAGGAGGAGGAGCGUACAGCUCCGAAUUUGAAUUUCGGGUUGGUGUAUAGCGGGGUACUGAGAUUUUGGUAAAGUGGGAGGAAUAUUGGGUUGAUUAGGGUCAAAAUUAUUGUUGUGUAUGCAUCUUUGUUAUUGGCAACUUUCAGAAUCUAGAGUGUUUAGUCAGUGUUGUGCCCUUUUGUAGGCUAGCUGAGUUUUGUAACUUUCUUCUCCUCUACUUUGUCAAUGCCCAUGUUGUCAUAUACGUAUUGUAUGGAUCUAUUGCUCUUUUGGGUCAUGUAAUGUGGCGAUGAAUAGUCUAUGCAAUGUAAGCUUUGCUUGUGUUUUUCUUUUU